CAAGUGCAGAAAUCAGUAACCGUUGGCGGCUUCAAGAUGGCAACCUUGAGAACAAGUUGUAGGACAGUCGCUAAAUUAAAGCGAUAUUUAGUCCAAAGAACCAUAGGAACAUCCUCAGUAGUGUCAAAUUGGAAUAAAGAUUGGCAACCUGGUCCAUUUCCUAAAACACAAGAAGAAAGAAUUGCAGCUGCUAAGAAAUAUGGUUUACGUGUAGAAGACUAUGAAGUAUAUCCUGAUGAUGGUGUUGGUUAUGGAGAUUAUCCUAAACUACCAAUUGUCUCUGCAGAACACAGAGAUCCUUAUGAAGAUUGGGAUGAUCCAGGUACUAAAACAAACUACAAUGAAGUGCGCCAUGUAGAUUAUGAUCUUUAUUUGGAAUACAAACUAGAUCCCAAUAGAAAACGUCAAGUUAGCUUGAAUAUGCAGCUUUUACAAUUUUUGGGUGCAGUAUCAGCAAUAAUGCUUAUUUAUGUGUUAUGUGACCCCUACCCAUUCUUUCAACCUGUGUUACCUAAACAAUUUCCAUUUAAUGAUUUAUAUCUAGAGAAAGGGGGUGAUCCAAGCAAGGAACCAACAGUUAUACAUUAUACAUUUGAACCACCAGAAUGAACUAUUUACCGGUUAUAUAUAUUUAUCAGACAGUGAACUGUACAGUGUAUUGAAAUGGACAAAUAGUGCUUAUGCUUAAAGUGGAUAUUUCUUACAUGGAUUGGAUAAACUGUAGAAAAGAUAUUCAUUAAAUAAACUUUUAAAAACAAA